AUGUUCGCUUGCCAGAGAGUCACCGCCUCGAGGUGUCUCACCCAACGCUGCACGUCCACCAAUUCUCUCAAUGCAACAGUAAAGAGAACCUUUGCUACUCGCCCUCGCCCCACCACCCCUGCUGCCCCUGUCCUCUCAUCACCAUCCGCAGCGACAGCACCCUCAGCCCGAGCUCCUGUCCACACCCCUCCAAGUCGACAGGCUCCAGGUCAGAGUUCUCGCCCUGCUGUGCAAGCACGUUUCUUCUGUUACCACCCCACCUCCUCCGACAGGUCCAGCAACCCCACCAUCGGCAUCCCCUCAUCCAAAACUGGCCGACGGAACACCAAAAUCAAAAUCUUUGAAAGCUCCCACAACCUCCAUCACUUCCACACCUCAUCCAUACAUCCCAGAACACCUCAAUUGAACAAAAUGGCAUCCCAGGAUUUCCGCCUUCUCUGCCUUGAGAACCCUCUGCUUGACAUCCAGGCAGUUGGUGAUAAGGCUCUCCUCGAAAAGUACGGCCUCAAGGAGAACGAUGCCAUCCUCGCUGAGGAGAAGCACCUCGGCAUCUACGAGGACCUCCUUAACAACUAUGACGCCAAGUUGAUUGCCGGCGGCGCCGCCCAGAACACCGCUCGCGGUGCCCAGUACAUCCUCCCUCCCAACUCCGUCGUCUACCUCGGUGGUGUCGGUGACGACAAGUACGCCUCCAUCCUCCAGGAUGCCGUCAAGACCGCCGGUCUCCGCGUCGAGUACCGCGUCGACCCCAAGAUCGCCACCGGCCGUUGCGGUGUUGUCAUCACCGGCCACAACCGCUCCAUGUGCACCGAGCUCGGUGCCGCCAACCACUACGACCUUGAGCACUUGACCCGUCCCGACGUCUGGAAGCUCGUCGAGAACGCCCAGGCCUACUACAUUGGAGGCUACCACUUCACCGUCUGCCCCGCCGCCAUCCAGAAGCUCGCCGAGGAGGCCGCCAAGAACAACAAGGUCUUCGCCGUCAGCUUGUCCGCCCCCUUUAUCUGCCAGUUCUUCAAGGAUCCCCUCGAUGCCAGCGCCCCGUACUGGGACUACGUCAUCGGCAACGAGACCGAGGCCGCCGCCUACGCCGAAGCCCACAGCCUCGGCACCACCGACCUCAAGGAGAUCGCCAAGGCCCUCGCCAACCUACCCAAGGAGAACAAGCAGCGCAAGCGUGUCGCCAUCAUCACCCAGGGCACCGAGCCCACUCUGGUUGCCGUCCAGGGUGAGGACAGCGUCAAGGAGUACCCCGUCAAGCCCAUCUCCAAGGAGCAGAUCAACGACACCAACGGAGCUGGUGAUGCCUUUGCUGGCGGUCUGAUGGCCGGUGUUGUCGAUGGCAAGUCCCUCGACCAGUCCAUCGACAUGGGCCAGUGGCUGGCUAAGCUCAGCAUCCAGGAGCUUGGACCUUCCUACCCCUUCCCCAAGCAGGCUUAUUCCGCGUAA